AUGCGGAUGCUUCUGCGAAGAAAAAGCAGGAAGAACUCGUCAAGAAACACGACAAGGGCCAAGCAAGAGGAAAUCGAGAGGAAGCUCAAGGAGAAGGCCGAGUUGGAGAAGGCAAAGAAGGAGCGGUUGGACGCCAAUGAGGCUCGUAAAGAAGAGGAAAGAACCAAGUAUGCAGAUUACCAGGCUGAAAGAGAAGAAGAACUCAAGCAAAAGGUAGCUGAAUUGAAGGAGAAAGAAGCCCAGUACGCCGAGGAGAAGGAGACUUUGUUGGCAGAGAAGCUGGAGAACCAGGCGAGAAUCGAUGAAGAAGAACAAGCCAAGAUUGACGAGCGUAAGAAAGAAUUGGAGGAAAUGCAGGCAGAAAAAGAUGAAGUAUUGAAGCCUGUUUUGGAGGAGUUGGAGGUUGAAACCACCAAGCUUAAGGAAGUUACCGAUGCUCGCGACCAGCUUCGUGAAGAAGUUAAGACUGGAGAAACCCACCAGGAAGAGUAUGAGAAGAAGGUUGUUGAACUUAACGAAAAGUUGGAAACGGUCAAGGCAGACAUUGAGAAGUAUACUGGGGACCUUGAGGAGUCCACCAGGACCGCAGAGGACACUAGCAAGGAAGUGGAUGAGCUUCAUCAGCAGCUGGCCGACGAGUUGAAGUUGGCUGAGGACUCGCACAAAGAAUUGGAUGCGAAAAUCCAGGACUUGGAAACCCAGCAGAAGGAUCAUUUGGUCACCAAGAAGGAACAGAAGCAGUUGAUUCUUAAAAACUUGGAUGAAAGGGUUAAAGAAGAACAUGCCAUCAACGCCGAAUUGCCUGAGCACAUGAGAAAGGAGGUCAACGAGAAGAAAUUGAGAGACGUGGGGGACUUAUUUGGAGACGACGAGGUUCCAGAACAAAAACCACUGAACGUGGCUGCAAAAAAAGAACCUAAAGAGACAACAGCUCCGGUUUCCAAAGUUGCACCCACCUCCAAACCGGCGGUUUCUAGUGCCAAAAACGAGAAAAAGAGCGGGCUCAAGCGUUUCACCAAGUACUUUUCCUCGAAACCUCCCAAGGCUGCCGAGCCAGUUCCCAGAGCCAAAUCUGUGAAAAAGGAGCAUCUGAUUUCCGAGGCUAGCAACGCUGAUUUCGAUGACAUUUCGUCCAGCAACGAGAAAAACAAGGGCGGUUUGUUCAAGGAGGAAAUAUAA